UUUUUACAAUGAAAAUACAUUCAGACUAUACACAAGGGAACAAUAUAUAGACAUUUAACUUAUCUGCAUCCAAAUGCAAGAGUACUUUAGGAAAUUAUCAAAUCAACUUAAAAAAUAAUCUUGAACUGUCAAGAACAACUAAGUAAUCAAAGAAAAUCAUUAAAUAAACUUUACAUAUCAGAUUAAACAGUCGUUAGAUAACUCGUUGAAAGUUAAGAAAACCAAAACCAGAAAAAAAGUUUUAAUGAUAUAAAGAUUAAAAAACCAUUUCGUUUCGUUGAAGAAAAGCUGACUUUUCAAAAAUGUGGAAGAGAGGGAAAUUUUUCGCAAUUGUUGGGACACUGCAGGUGGCGUUUGUUAUUCUAUUUGCCGUACUCGGAGACUACGAUGAACAAGGAGAUGCCGUCAAAUCAAGCCACAGGCGCGAGCAUGGAGAACAUGAAGAAUACGAAUUGCCUAAAUUAUACCCGAUGUUUGCCGAUGUCCACGUCAUGAUUUUUGUCGGAUUUGGCUUCCUGAUGACCUUCCUUCGUCGCUAUGGAUACAGUAGCAUCGGGUUGAAUUUGCUAGUGGCGGCAUUCACCUGCCAAUGGCAUACCAUUGUAUUUGGAAUGAUUUCAUCAAAGACCUUUGGGUAUUUCACAGUUGGAAUUGAAAGUCUCCUGACGGCGGAUUUCGCAUGUGCAGCAGUGUUAAUCUCAAUGGGCGCUGUCCUGGGUAAAACCUCGCCUCUACAACUGAUAGUCAUGAUAUUAUUUGAAAUCGUAAUUUUCGUCGCCAAUGAAUACGUCACAGUGACCCUUCUUCAGAUUGCUGACAUUGGCGGCUCUGUUGUUGUCCAUUCAUUUGGUGCUUAUUUUGGACUCGCCGUUGCAAGGAUGAUUUUCAAGAAGGAUGUGUUAAAGUCAUCAAAAGAGGGUUCGGUCUACCAUUCUGAUCUGUUUUCAAUGAUAGGAACUAUAUUCUUAUGGAUAUUUUGGCCCAGCUUCAACUCAGCCUUGGCGGAAGAAGAUGGACAGAGUAGGGCGGUUAUCAACACUUACUACGCCAUUGCUGCGUCUACCGUUGCCGUCUUUGCAGUUAGCUCUCUCCUCAACAAAAAGUCUUCAUUUGACAUGGUAGCCGUUCAAAACGCCACAUUGGCGGGUGGCGUUGCAGUCGGCACAACUGCUAACAUGGUCAUCUAUCCAUAUGGUGCUGUCAUCAUCGGUAUCGUAGCUGGGAGUUUGUCGACAGUGGGUUACCAGUUCUUGACGCCUUUCUUGAACGAAAAAGCUGGAUUCCAUGAUACGUGCGGAGUGAACAAUCUUCACGGAAUGCCAGGGCUUCUCGCAGGCAUAGCUGGUGCAGUAGUAGCCGCGCUGGCAACACCUGAGAAAUAUGGGGAUAGCCUUUAUAAGCUGUACCCGGCUAUGGCCAGUUCCAAUAGCACACUUGGUAACACUUCAGAGGUGAACAUUGAAGUGGGGCGGACUCCCAUUGAACAAGGAGGUUAUCAGAUGGCCGCAGUGUGCGUUACACUGGCAUUUGCGAUCGUUGGGGGUUGUGUAACAGGUCUUAUUCUUCGUUUGCCAAUUUGGGAUGAGCCUAAAGGUGGCGAGCUAUUCGAUGACGAACCCAACUGGAGCGUUUCAGAGGAAACAAACGCGCUAAUUGAUGCCAAUGAUCAAAAUGAAGCUGUGCUUACAAUCGAUUACAAGAAAAAGGAGAUUACGAAUGCUGUCUAAUAAUGUAGUUGUUUGAAUAUCACUUAAGACAAACUUGAGUUAGUAUUUCAUAGUGUAUAGAAUUAAACAGCAUAUAAUUAUACAAAAGUAUGAGGUCAUGCGACAAUUAACUAAAGAGCAUAGAGCUUCCAUGAGUUUGGCAACCGUAUGCGCUUUUAUUGGGUGGCAUAUACACGCCUGUUAGUUGUUCGGAGAUGUAUAACUUUUGAUUACUUCUAAAUGGCCAACCAUAGAAAGGGUUUGAUAAGUGAUUCAAAGAGGAACUUCCGGUUUCCAAAUCUAUGGUGGAGUGUGUAGUCAUUUACAGCAUACUUUAAAACAGCAUAAUGACUUGAACUAUAUACUGUAUAUACAGUAUA